GUUUGUAGUAAAACAUUUCCAUAUGAGAGCACUUUGAAUGAACACAUGCAGACACACACAGGCGAAAAACCCUUUACCUGCUCGGUUUGUGGUGAAAGUUUUGCUCGAAAAGGAAAUAUGAAUGUACACAUGAGAAAACACACAGGUGAAAACCCUUUUAGUUGCACAGUGUGUGGUAAUACGUUUGCUCGCAAGGUCAAUCUGAUCGCGCACACGGCAACGCACACAGGAGAAAAACCUUUCACAUGCUCAGUUUGUGGUGAAAAGUUUUCUUAUGAGUACAAUGUGAAUGCACACAUGAAAACACACACAGGAGAAAAGCCUUUUAUUUGUUCAGUUUGUGGUAAAAGGUUCCUUAAAAAGUCAGUUAUGGUUAAACACAUCAGAACACACACAGGAGAAAAACCGUAUAGUUGCUCAGUUUGCGGUGAAAGUUUUUCUCAUAAACACAGUUUGAAUGUUCAUAUGAGAACACACACAGGAGAAAAACUUUUUAGUUGCUCGGUUUGUGGUAAAAGAUUCACUCACAAGCAAAAUAUGAUCCAACAUAUGAGAACACACACAGGAGAAAAACCUUUCACUUGCUCAGUUUGUGGUGAAAGCUUUUCUUAUAAGCAUGGUUUGAAAUCACACAUGCAGACACACACAGGAGAAAAACCUUUUAGUUGCUCACUUUGUGGUAAAAGCUUUUCUAAUAAGUAUGAUUUGAACAUACACAUGCGAACACACACAGGUGAAAAACCUUUUAGUUGCUUAAUGUGUUGUAAAAGAUUCACUGUGAAGCAAAACAUGAUUCGACACAUGAGAACACACUCGGGAGAAAAACCUUUUGCUUGCUCACUUUGUGAUAAAGGUUUUUCUAGUAAGUCUGAUAUGAAUAGACAUGAGCACACACACAAGAGCAAAACGUUUUAGUUGCUCACUCUGUGUCAAACCUGGAGACUAAACGUUUUCCUGCCCAAUUGCACUAAAACGUUUGUGAGAAACCCCUUUUUCCUAUAUGUAGCCAUUUGAAUUUUUAUGAAAUUACCUGAGAGCCAAAUAUAGGGGUGGGGUAUGAUAAUGCUUGAAAAAAUAUUAUAUAUAUUUUUUUUAUUCAAUCUUUUGACCUUUGGAUGAGAAUUCUUGUGAGGUUUUAUUUGUUUUUCGUAUUGCACUAUGGUUCUUAUAACGGUCAAAUAUUGUGUUUUCGCUGCUCUCGUUGUUUUUU